AUGGCUAUCUUCUUAAGUAAGAGACUGCUAAGGUUUACUAUCCUGGUGGCUGUGUCACUUUUUGUUAUCAUCACACUAAACAGUCAUGAAUCCAGUUCAAGUUACGUCUCAAACUUUAUUCCUUCUUUCCAGUUCUCAAACAGUGACUGGUCAUCUAGUGAAGGUUUAAGUCCCGAGGAACAAAGACUUAAUGCUGCUGAAGGUAAGUCAGACUUAUCACUCGACGAGCAAGCUAAAGCUUUACAAGACUCCGCUGAUCCAGUCACCGAUUUGGCCACUACUGAUGUCAUGGAAUUCAUUAGACCAUCUUUCGAAAACAAGGGCAAAAGACCAAAGGCUUGCUACGUCACUUUAGUCAGAAACUCUGAAUUAAACUCAAUGUUAAACUCCAUCAGAAAGGUUGAACAAAGAUUUAACAAACAAUUCAAAUACGAUUGGAUUUUCUUAAACGAUGAACCAUUUACUGAUGAAUUCAAGAACGCCGUCCAAGCCGAAAUUUCUUCUACGGUUAAAUUCGGUUUAAUCCCAACUGAACAUUGGUCCUUACCAGAGUGGAUCGAUGAAAGUAGAGCCACUGAAGCUAGAUUCAAGAUGGCUCAUAUCAUUUACGGUGGUUCUGAAUCGUACAGACACAUGUGUCGUUUCCAAUCCGGUUUCUUCUGGAGACAUCCUCUCUUAGAUGACUAUGACUGGUAUUGGAGAGUUGAACCUGAUAUCAACUUAUACUGUGAUAUCAAAUAUGACGUUUUCCAAUGGAUGCAAGAUAAUGAAAAAGUUUACGGUUUCACCAUCUCUAUUCAUGAAUAUCUAGAUACUAUUCCAACUUUAUGGGAGACUUCUAUGAAAUUCUUCAACGAACAUUCUGAAUACGUUGCCGAUAACAAUCUAAUGAAAUUUAUCUCCGAAGAUAAUGGUGCCACUUACAACUUGUGUCACUUCUGGUCCAAUUUCGAAAUUGCUAAUUUGAAUCUUUGGAGAUCCCCAGCUUACAGGGCCUACUUCGAUGCCUUAGAUCAUGCCGGUGGUUUCUUCUACGAAAGAUGGGGUGAUGCUCCAGUUCACUCUAUUGCCGCUUCUAUCCUUUUGCCAAAGGAUAGAAUUCAUUAUUUCCCUAACAUUGGUUAUCACCAUCCUCCAUAUGACAACUGUCCAUUGGAUAACCUUGUCUAUUCUGAGAAUAACUGUGACUGUAAACAAGAUAAUGAUUUCACCUUUAGAGGUUACUCCUGUGGUAGACAAUACUACGCUGCGCAAGGUAUUGAAAAACCACCUUACUGGGAAAAAUACUCCCAUUAG